AUGGAGCGCCCUACCCGCUGGGCGUUAAUAUUGUUGGCGCUGUGCGCAGCAACGGUACAAUCGGCAGUUUUACAAUCCAAAUCCACAGAGCUGAUUUUUAACUCGAUAGACAUAGAUAACAGCCCACUCUCCAGAGUGAAACGAAACGGAAACAUUCGCGGAAAUUUCCGAGGCCAGACCCAGUCGCAGUAUCUUCACUUCGGUAACAGCCAAGAUGGCAAAGCUGAAGCCGAAGCCACACAGCACAGCUCCAGGGCAGUAGUAGUGGGCUCCAACGGUAUGGGACAAGCACAGAGCCAAUCGCUUGGCGGAGAUUGCAGUACAUGCUACGGUUCGGUAGAUGGUGGUGGCAGCUACGUUUAUGACAGCAGACCCGAUCCUCUAAAAGUGCCUGUGGAUAAGCUGCGUUUACCGGAUGCGUACGACCCAGGUACUAACGGGCACUCGAUGAGACCCGGCUCAGGGGUCGAUGGUUACGGUAGGCCAGCAGGUGGUACAGGAGGCAGCUUCGAUGCACACGGUAGACCUACUGGAACAGCAGGAGGGCCUGGGUUAGACGCUUAUGGUCGACCAGUGGGUGGCUUUGACUCACAUGGCAGACCUAUUGGAGGAACUGGCACAGGAGGAUCAGGUGUUGGAACUCAUGGACGUCCUCCACAUGGUGGAACAGGGUUUGAUGGCCAUGGAAGGCUAAGCGGUGGUCCCGGAUCCGACGGAUCGAGUGUAGAUGCCCACGGUAGACCAAUAGAAGGUCCAGGAACUGGGGGAACUGGCGUUGAUGCUCAUGGAAGACCUGUAGGAGGUCCAGGAACUGGGGGAAUUGGUGUUGAUGCUCAUGGAAGACCUGUAGGAGGACCAGGAACUGGAGGAACUGGUGUUGAUGCUCAUGGAAGACCUGUAGGAGGGCCAGGAACUGGGGGAACAGGUGUUGAUGCCCAUGGAAGACCUGUUGGAGGCCCAGGAACUGGAGGAACCGGUGUCGAUGCUCAUGGAAGACCUGUUGGAGGACCAGGAACGGGAGGAACCGGAGUUGAUGCUUAUGGUAGACCUUUUGGAGGUCCGGGCAGUGCUGGAUCGGGGGUUGAUGCUUAUGGCAGACCUGUUGGAGGGCCUGGUGCUGGUGGACCAGGUGUUGAUACUCAUGGUAGACCAAUCGAUGGUCCAGGAACUGGUGGACCAGGUGUUGAUGCACAUGGGAGACCUGGAACUGGUGGACCAGGUGUUGAUGCACAUGGAAGACCGCCGGUAGACGGUCCGGGAACUAAUGGACGAGUGUCUGCAGGAACAGGAACCGGAGGUGUAGGACCGGAUGCAACAGGAAGACCUGGUGCUCGAGGACCAGGCGUUGAUGGCCUUGGUAGACCAGUCGAGGGAUUUGGAACAGGAAGGAAUGGACAUGGAAGACCUUCUGUCGACGCUCACGGUAGACCAACUGGGGAUGGAGGAACAGUUGGUGGAGGAGUUGAUGCUUAUGGAAGACCUUUCGGAAGGCCAGGAUCUGAUGCGCAAGGAAGACCAAUCGGUGGAUUCGAUGCACAUGGAAGACCGCUUGGAUCGGGUGGAUCAAGACAUGAUAGUCAAGGUCAGCCUGUUGGAGGAUCCGGUACGGGACGGCAGCCUGUUGGAGGACCUUAUCCUCAUCUAGUUGGACCUCCUGUUCCAGGCUCUGGUCCACAUGAUGUCUACCAUUCCGCUCCACACAGUGUCACACUGCCAGGCCAGGAUCACACCGUCGUGAACCCUACGGGCGGCCUAACUGUAUUAGUUGGUACAGGUCAUUCAAAGCAAACUGUGAUCGGUUCUGACAGCAGAUUAGACGGGCACGGACCAGUGAAAAUUAUCCCCGGCCCUCCAGACAGCCAAGGACCGCCUAAACAAACAGUGUAUGCCCAUCCAGGUGGAGUAACAGUGUUGGUAGGAACGGGUGGUGCGCAGCAAACCGUACACCAUCUUCCCGUACAUGGUGGACACCCAGGAACAGGUCCGCACUCGGUUAUCCAUUCUGGGACUGUAGGUCAAGCUACUGGGUACUAUCCUGGACAGCACCCAGGAACUACCGGUGGCAGUGCACAAUAUCCAACUGGUACCGGCGGUGUGGGAACUGGCCCAGGAACUGGAGCACAAUAUCCAGUAGGUAACUGCUCGUUUUUUUAAACAGGAAGCCAUCCCGGAUCAGUUGGUGGACCGGGAGUUGGGUAUUAUCCUGGUACAGGUGUAGGAUCAGGACAAUACCCAUCGGGUGGUGGUGUUGGAACUGGGCCAGGAUCAACUGGACCACACAAUAUCCAGGGGCCAGGCACAGGACAAUAUCCAGGAGUUACAGGAGGUAAUGGGCAACAACCUGGCGGAGCAGGUCAAUAUCCUGGAGGAGCUGGUCCAUAUCCAGGAAGUACUACAGGUCAGUAUCCUGGAGGCGCCGGACAAUAUCCGGUUGGAGGAGGUACUGGAGCUAGCCAAUAUCCUGGAGGUGGAGCUAGCCAAUACCCUGGAGGUGGAGUAGGCCAAUACCCUGGAGGUGGAGUAGGCCAACAUCCUGGAGGUGGAGUAGGUCAACAUCCUGGAGGUGGAGUAGGCCAACAUCCAAGUGGUACUGGAGCUGGUCAACAUCCAGGAGGCGCAGGUGUUGGAACUGAAGUGGGUCAAUAUCCAACCGGUGGUACUGGUGUAGGAACAGGUCACUAUCCCGGAGGACAUGGAGUUGGGGGAACGGGAGGAACAGGUGCAGGUCAAUAUCCAGGAGGUGUUGGAACAGGCGCAGGUCAAUACCCAGGUGGUACUGGAACAGGCGCAGGUCAAUAUCCUAGUGGUACCGGGGUAGGAGCAGGUCAAUAUCCAGGAGGUGUUGGUGGAAGUCCUGGACAAUAUCCCAACGGAAUGGGAACUGGUCAAUAUCCAGGAGGAUCUGCACAAUACCCUGGAGGCGCUGGGCAAUAUCCCUCCGGAAGCACUGGUGUAGGAACGGGACAAUAUCCGGGAGGUACUGGAGUUGGUAGUGGUCAAUACCCUGGUGGAACUGGUUCAGGAACAGGUCAGUAUCCUACCGGUACUGGACAAUAUCCUGGUGGCACUGGAAUAGGUACAGGUCAGUAUCCUGCUGGUAGUGGACAAUAUCCUGGCGGCAGUGGAACAGGAUCAGGUCAGUAUCCCGGUGGAUCUGCACAGUAUCCUGGAGGAACGAGAGCCGGAACAGGACAACAUCCUGGUGGAGUUGGACAAUACCCAGGUGGUAAUGGUGUAGGUACUGGUCAACAUCCUGGUGGCGUUGGAGUAGGAACAGGACAAUACCCUGGUGGAACUGGACUUUAUCCCGGAGGCGCGGGGAUAGGAACAGGACAGUAUCCGGGAGGUUCUGGUUCCGGUGUAGGUCAGUAUCCUGGUGUUGAUGGAACAGGUCAAUACUCUGGAGGUACUGGACAGUAUCCAGGAGGAGUUGGAAGUGGCGGCUAUCCGGGUAGUCAAUACCCAGCAGUUGGUGGAUCUGGACAUUAUCCAGGAGGUACAGGCGUUGGUACUCUACCAGGUGGUCAAUAUCCUGGUGGACAAUAUCCCACUGAUGGAACAGGUGCUGGAGGUGCAAGUUUUUAUCCGUCAGGUACAGGAGCCGGCCAACAGCAUCCCAGCGGUGGAUCUUCUAUCGAUCAAUACCCAACAACUAUUGAACAGGGAGCCGGUGGUGGUGGCAGUUUGCCCCCACAAUCCAUUCAGUUACCAGACGAGGAAGAUGAUGCAUUCUCGCAAGCAGAAUCGUCGGUAAAGAACGGAGAAGUUAUUGCUUCCGCUCAAGGUCGCAAGAAUGGUGGCACCGCCCAAACGCAGGUUUCCGGUACGUACACGGGGACCGGUUCGUUUAGUGCCAGUGCUCAAACAAGCGACAAAGAUCGUGCAGCACAGGCACAAGUGUCGGGCGGAAAGGAAGGAGCUAUGAGUUCUGCCCAAGGUACAGGCGGAGUUGGCAAAUCUCAAUCGCUGGUACAGGUUGAUUCGAAGACGGGCGGCACAUCCGCAACGUCCCAAAGUGGAGGAUUAGGACACGAAAGUCAAUCAGAGGUGGUUGCCAACGAGAAAGGAGGCUUGGCUGAUGCGCAGUCGAGCGGACCGGGACAAACGUCUUCCCAGGCACAGAUAGGUUUCCGUCCGCAAGGCGAAGGUACAGUUGAUCAACAAAAUAUCUUCAACGGUGGUGGACAAGCGUCUGCCCAGUCGGGUGCUCACUCAGGCCAAAGCCAAUCGCAAAUUAGUGGCAAUUUCAAGUUCGGCAUUGCAUACCACGGGGCAGCACAAGCAGCUUCUGGCACCAAGGAACAGGUCAACACUUAUCGAGAGAAAAGCAAACCAUUGUUCCAAUCGAUUGGACUGUUUGGGAAAUCUAUUGGCUCUACGGUCAGGAAGGAAACUGUAGAUGGUAUGAGGACUCGGACAUCGGAGCAAAGUUCGGUGAACUUCAUCAGCACAACACCUCCUCCCGGUGAAGAGGAAGAGUAUGAAGACGUGGACGAAGAGGAGGAAGAGUACGAGGAUGAGUACGAAACUACGCCGAAGAUUACGCGUAGUGGCGAUAAGGUGACAACCGAUCCGAAAUCCUCCGUCAAAACGACCCCCGUAGCCUAUGUUGUCACAGAACCGUCCACUGUGACCGUGCGCACGAAUGGAAACGGACGUGUUUUCACCCAGGGUGGACCGACACAAAAGCAAACCGCAUUCGUACCGCACGGCGACAACUACCGAUUGGUUCAGACCCAAAACGGCCGUUCAACCGUACACGCCGUGACGACUGAGCGAACGCAGCAGACGGUAGUGAAUGCCAUUAGCACGACGCCAAAGUACACUACGCGCUAUCUGUCGACAAAGAAAGAUACCCCAACGACGACUACGGCCUCGAAUGUGGUCGCGGAAGGACCCGAAGCGGAAACACCAACACAAAAGACCGGCCAUCCGGAUAGUUACAUCUCGGUAACGAAACAGGUAACGGGCAUUGACGAGAAGAGCAAGGUACCGGCAAUCCCGGGAAAGAAUUUCGAGUCGACGUACUACACAAAAUCGUCCACUUGUGGUUACUUCACCUUCUCCUGCAACAUCGUGCACGGUGAGAACGGCCGAAGUAAAAUCUGUCGACCGAAACCACCGGCCAAUGGUAAAUGUUGA